GUGUUGUAUAAAAUAUUUUGGCCAGGAUUGCACUGGUUUGCAGACGAAGAGCGAAUAGGUGUCUGGAAUUUUAGCAACAUAGGCUAAAAUACACGACGAAUUUGGUGGAGUUAUUUGGUGUCGUUGGUCUUAUUUUGUACUACAGGUUUUGGUACUCCAUCGCUGUUUUGAGCUAGCUACUAGGCCACUGGGCGACAGUAUGAGGUCGACCAGCGUUUCCGCUAAGGUGAUGCUGUUGUUAGCAGUUCAGCUUCUCUGCUUUAGGCAGAUUGCAGCCGAGCAGGAGUCGGGGACGGUCAUUCCUGCAGAGAGUCGGCCCUGCGUGGACUGCCACGCGUUUGAAUUCAUGCAGCGAGCACUGCAAGAUUUGAAGAAGACAGCGUUCAACCUUGACUCGCGGACUGAGACUCUGGUGUUGCGAGCAGAGAGGAGGGCACUGUGUGACUGCCUGCCUGUCAACACCCUAACCUGAACAUCAUUACUGCUCCCACACUCAACAGCCAGGCCAUUACACCUUGUUCUUGUAUACUUACUCACUUAUAUACUUAUUGACAUAUACUUAUUCACUGACAGUUAGUUCUAGCAUUUCAGAAUUUGCUGGGCUGUCUUUGCUAACACGAUCAGUGGUAUUCAACUUUUAGCCUACAUUUUACAGGUUUUAUAAUAAAUGUUGUGAUGAUAUGUGUAAUGUUGAAGAAUGUUUCUUUGUUAUGGAACUUCACACUCAAACAUGUGGAACAUGCAUAACACAGUAUAUUAUUUGCACAGUAGAACUUCUUCCCAUGCUAUUUAGACUUAUAUUUUAUUAGCCUUUAUGAAGACCAUGUGAAUGACUAACUCUAGACAUGCACCAUAUAAUAUAGAUGUAUUUUCAAUGCUAAAGCCUAUAGAGAAGAAAUUCAUUUAUGGAGAUUAACUUGUAAUAUUAUCAUGUGAAAUAUGCUCCAAUGGCAGUGUUGCGUUUGUUGUAAGAGUAGCUAAUUGAUAUGAACCUGCAUGAAGACUAGGCAUACACAAAUCUAGAUGGUUUAUAUGGACGUUUUGUCUGUCAUCACGCCAUAACAAAUGCUUUAACUGUUCCAUAACUGUUAGCUGUAAUACAGAUUUCCCUGCUCUGUAGAGCAUUAAAAAUCAUAAAGCAAUGCCCCAUUAAAUGUAGCUGCUACAAUUGUCA